CAUAUAUAAAAAAAGGGUAACCACAACAGCUACCAAAAGACGAUUUGUUUCUAGCAUUCUCAAAACUUGAGUUGCUAUCGAGUAGUGCUUUGCUACGAGAAAGCAUCGUACUUAUUUUAAAAUUGGCUAUCAAUCAUUUUCAUAUCCUUUUCUUAACGUUUGUUUCGACAGUUGGAAAUUUUUGCAGGUUAGAGACUUGCUUGCCUUCACUGUGAGGCUAUCCUCGGAUUCUACUGGACGGAAACUAGGCAUUUGACAUUAACGAAUAUUUGUUCCUGUUCGAUUCGGGUUUUUAUUUAAACAAAAAAAAAAAGGAGCAACUGAAUUUUCCCUUGAAAAGUUAAGUCUUUUCACUUUUAUUGCUCAACUUCCAAGCCACAAAGUCUGAUUUUAGAGAGUGCCAAUAAUCAACGGAAACCUUAUAUUUUGAUCCUUUUAGCUUUUGGUUUCAAUCAUAAUAGCACGACUUUCUUUCUUGGUAAUUCAGAAGAAAAGUUUGCUCAGCAUAUCUUUUUAUCCUACUCUUUGCAAUCUCAAAUUAAUAUUUGCUGACUGCAUUUUACAUCCUUUAUACUAAGUUGGAUUUCUUUUCCUGAAUAUUGGAUUACCCAGGAGUCUUUUGGAUUUGAAGAAUUUCUUGCUUUCUUGGAAUCAUAUAGAAUCUGGUAUUUUUCCUUGCUAGUCGAAUACUCAUCGGACACUUCUUCGUUUACUUCCCAUUUCAUUCUUAUUUGACUCCAAUCUUACAAAAAAGAAAAAAAGAGCUCUGGUUUGAACUUGCCCAUCAUAUCUAAGCCUUUUAUUUAUUUAAGCUUAUUUCAAACCCAUUUUAUACCAUUGAAUGUUUUAUUUUUAUUAAGUAUUAAUCCGUUGUUUACGCUUGACAUUUCCAUACUUCUCUGUUCUUAUUUGUUUCUUUUCCUUUCAAGUUCUUAACUGCAUUUUAGUUUUCUUGCCGAUUGCUUCAUCGUUUAUUUCCCUAUUUCAGGUGUUUAUAUUAUUUUGGUUCAAAAAUAUUCUUGGAUUCAAUCUUUCAGAUUUUUAACAUCAUGUCAGCAAGAAACAUCGUGACUCUAAGUCAUAAUCCAGCUAUUACAUAUAGCUCUAAAGACGACGAUUUUAUUGAAGACCCAACUCCAUCGCCAGCGAAUGAGAACGUUAGCUGGAUCUCUUGGUUCUGUUCUCGACCAGGCCGAGAAUAUUUUGUUGAAGUUCGAGAAGAGUUUAUUGAAGAUUUGUUUAAUUUAACUGGCUUAAAUCUCGCUGUACCCUUUUAUAAUGAAGCGCUGGACCUUAUCCUUGAUAGGAAUAAUCCUGAAACUUUAAAAAAGUUGGAUAUGGGUGUCGUUGAAACUAGUGCGCAAAUUCUUUACGGUCUGAUACAUCAACGUUAUAUUAUUACCCGGAUGGGCUUACAUCAAAUGGCCGAAAAAUAUAGCACAGGAAUCUUUGGCUGCUGUCCUCGGGUGAAUUGUUGUUAUACGCACGUUCUUCCUGCUGGCCGGUCCGAUGUCGUCGGUAGGAUGCCUGUCGUACUGUUUUGUCCGAACUGCUUGGAUUUAUAUGCGCCAUCUAGCUCUAAAUAUAAAAAUAUUGAUGGAUCUUUUUUUGGUACGACAUUCCCUCAUCUGUUCUUUGAAACCUACCCUGAACUUAAUCCUAAAAGGGCCAUUCCAUGCGGUAAAAUCUACCAGCCCAGAAUUUACGGAUUCAAGGUUAGUGAAUUCAGUAAAACCGGCCCUCGAAUGCACUGGUUACGCAUGUAUUUGACCGAUAGUAGUGAUAGUGAUUCUGAAAGUGAAAGUGAAAGUGAUUAGUUCUUAUGAUGAUAAUGUUAUUAUAAAAAACGCUCUUCAUUUCUCCUUUUUCGUCUGACCGCGCCUACGUUACCUUUCUAUCCGCUAUUAUACCUUAUUACCUUUCUCUAUAAAACCAUAAUGGCUACUUUGUUUUAAUUAGUUUUCAGUAGCUUUUCAUGUGUCGUAAUAAUGACUUAUGGAAAGUUUAGUACGGUCGUAAAAGGACUUUUGGGGUUAUUUAUGUUUAUCUUUUGCUUUUUACCAAAAUGAAGUUUAGGGUUUAUAUUGAGUUGGUUUAUUUAACAUAUCCUUAAAGGUGUUGUUUAAAAACUGUGGAUAAUAAUAAUCCAUCAAAAGUUAAUUACAAAAUGUUUUUAGGAUGGAAAGGCUUUAUACUAUAACCUAAUCCUCGCGAUCCGGAAAACUACGUGAUUGUUGCAGGUAAUUAAUAAAAUGAGCCUUUGGAUAUAUAG